GAUAAAUAUAGAUGUCUAUUCCAUGUUUCUCAAGUUCCAACGGCUGUUGACGCUUUAUGCGCGCACGCGUUUUGACCCGCGCGUGGCGUUGCUGCUUUUCCCCGCGCUGCCCCCAGCAGUCCACCUUCUCCCCCAAUCACACUCUCGACGCUGUCUCUCUCUCUCUCUCGUCAAAAUCUCCUUUCUUCUCUCUCCGGAAUCAGUCCCUCUCUCUCUCUCGCUAACUACCCCUUCAAAAACGAUCUCUCGAACCAGUUUCCCACUGUUGAUUUGCACUCCCAGUGAACUCUCUCUCUCUCUCUCUCUCGGUAUUAUCCUAUGAGGGGAGCUCACUCUCACUCACAAUCUUCUCCAUUUUCUUCGACGCAUCGCUUCUCUGAUCAGUAGACCUUUGUGUUCUGUUACUGUGCUCGAUCUUGGUGCCAUUAGAUUUUAGGGUUACGGUUUCGAGAUGGAAAGAAAGCAAGGGUUCUUCUCGGCGCUGAAAGAGGAGGUGGUGAGGGGACUGUCGCCGGCGAGGUCGAGGGCCAAAAGCCCGGCGAGGAGCGGGUCGCCGAUGUCGGGGCUGCUCCGCCGGAAGAAGCGAGUACCUAACCCGGAGCCGUCGAUCGCGAGAUCCGGGAGUUUGCGGCCGGUGGGGGAGACACUGACGCCGUUGAUGGAGGGUCCGGAUCCCGACGGCGGAGAAGUCGGGGAUUCGAAGAGGAGCGGGCUGGGGCUGGGGCAUUGGAUGAAGGGACAGCUCUCUAGAGCUCCCUCGGCUGUCACUUCAGCUGCGUUCAAGCGCUCUGAUCUUAGGCUCCUGCUCGGCGUCAUGGGUGCUCCUCUGGCUCCGGUGCACGUCAGCAACACCGACCCCCUGCCUCACCUUAGCAUCAAAGACACCCCAAUUGAGACUUCGUCCGCACAAUACAUAUUGCAGCAGUAUACGGCUGCAUCAGGUGGGCAAAAGCUUCAGAACUCCAUUCGGAAUGCUUAUGCCAUGGGAAAGGUGAGGAUGAUAGCUUCCGAGUUUGAAACAGCCACUAGGGUGUUAAAGAAUCGGAAUGCGUCUAGGGAUGCCGAAUCUGGUGGGUUCGUCCUCUGGCAGAUGAAACCAGACAUGUGGUAUGUGGAACUUGCAGUUGGGGGCAGCAAGGUUCAUGCAGGUUGCAAUGGCAGGCUUGUCUGGAGGCACACACCCUGGCUCGGUGCCCACACGGCAAAAGGGCCUGUAAGACCCUUACGCCGCGCACUUCAGGGUCUUGAUCCUAGAACCACAGCCAGUAUGUUUGCUGAUGCGAGGUGCAUAGGAGAGAAGAACAUCAACGGUGAGGAUUGCUUCAUCCUCAAGCUCUGUGCUGACCCUCAGACAUUGAAGGCAAGGAGUGAAGGUCCAGCAGAGAUCAUAAGACACGUUUUGUUUGGCUACUUCAGCCAGAAAACUGGUCUUCUAAUUCACAUGGAGGAUUCACAUCUUACCCGCAUCCAAUCCAAUGGUGGAGAUGCAGUUUACUGGGAAACUACAAUCAAUUCAUUCCUUGAUGAUUACAGGCCUGUUGAGGGAAUCAUGAUUGCUCACUCGGGGCGUUCUGCAGUGACCCUUUUCAGGUUUGGUGAGAUGGCAAUGAGCCAUACGAAAACCAGGAUGGAAGAAGCUUGGACAAUUGAGGAAGUUGCUUUUAAUGUUCCUGGCCUAUCAGUGGAUUGUUUCAUCCCCCCAGGUGACUUAAGAUCGGGUUCCAUCAGUGAAGCCUGUGAGCUCCCUCAGGACGAAAGGGGAAAGGGGUCUGCAGCAUUAGCUGCACACAGGGCCAAAGUUGUUGCGCUGGAGAAAGCACAUGACAUUAGCGUUAACAACAUGAUUUGGAAAAUGGAAAUCUAGCAAAGAGUAGGAUCAAAUCAGGGGAAUUGUUUAUACUGGUAGCUAGUUUUUAAUUUUAACCGACUAACACAUUAGAAGGUAGAGUCACAAUGUCCAAAUUAGAAGUACAUCAGGAAUUUUGGAAGUUGGAGUAUGCCUCUAUUAUUCUAUAAAUAGAGCAUAAUUAUUCAUGGGUUCUAUUUUGGGCCUGGAUGAAUCUUUAUACUCUCAAUGCAGAUUCCAACAGGGAGUUGGAGCACAGUUUUCCACUGACAAUGGAGCAAAUGGGGGUUUAUUUUUAGUUUACCUUCAUGCGUGAAGGAAGUUGGUGAAGCUUUGGUAUAGCAGAACCAUUUACCUCUAAUGAUUUUACUAAUUCUCUUGCUUAAAUGCGUAGCUGGUGACAAGAACAGUUCUACCAGCCUGCAUCAGUUUGAUAAGAAAACUUUUAGGUCUUUCCUGUUCAUCUGUUCGUUGGUGUGUUUAGUGUUAACGUGUGGUUGUUUGCUUAUGGGAAGGAAAAUGUAUUUUGCUGAAUCUUUGGAAAAUGGGCAGAUUAAAAGUGGAGAUAAGUUCUUUC